AAGUACAUACACAUGUUUCUGCUAAUCAGAAAAUCAGUCGAAGUGUUUCUAAUUCGUGAUCACGAAGUCAAUCCUCAAAAGUUCCCUCCCCCAGUGUCCACAACAUUAGUAGUAAAGUAAGUGUAUGAUUUUUCACAGAUACGUUUGCUUCACUAGAACAGUUGAUUAUAUUGUCUUUCAUUGGAUUUCAAAUUGGUUAUGUGAUCCAAAGAUAAGUAUUUCGAUUUUCUCCAACACGUGAAGCUGACGAAAAAAUGAGUAGAUUGGUGGCGCUAUCUUUUGCAUUGCUUUUGUUUUUGUUUGGUGCCAAAGAGGAAUUUGUGCUUUCAGAAGGAAAGCUGACUGACUUCUCCCUUCCUACCAUGCAUAAACUAACACAUGUGAUGAUGUGACUUCUAAAUGGUCCCCGUUGCUAAAAACUUGUGUGCUGUGAGAAGCUCUGGCCAAACUUUUUUCCGUGGUGAUCAUGACAAUCAUAACUACUAAACUCUGUUCUUGCUGAUCAGCAAUAUCUCAACUCGUUUGCUGUUAUAGAUGCAUAUAAUCAAUCUCCUUAGAGAACCUCCAUCUUUGAUAAGCGAUGAGUAUGAACAUUAGUGGCUGAGAGUAUGAGGGUUCUUCUUCUUCAGAUUUGCUACGAAGGGAAAGAAAUUGCAGUUACACAAACCGCAAAUGGAAUUAGAAAAACCACUCUAGUUUUCCUUUCUGCUAAUUUUGGCUAAUCCUAAAUUUCUUUCAAACAAAUGCAGCACACGGGACAAACACAUAUAGCCAACUAGAGGUUAGGCCUGCUUUAUAAAUUUGGUAUACCAAACUACCUGUUGGAUAUAACUCAUGUAUAUAACAAACAUAGUUUCGAUAGAAUAUUGAGAGUCCUCGUUGCCAGAUUAUACAGUAACUACUUCUUCCAAACUCUCGAGUGACUAGUGUCAAUGGACACGGGUGAGAGCAUUAUUGUAAGUGAAAAUGGUUGUAACAGAGAUCAAGUUAUGACCAAUGAUCUGAUGGAUUUGAGCAGUGUGAGGGUUCUUCUUUGUGACACUGAUGUUGAGAGUUGUCAGGAAGUGUUGGCCCUUCUAAAGAAAUGUUGUUACCAGGUUACCCCAGUGUAUUCAGCAGCAGAUGCGUUAGAUGCACUGAACUCUCACGGGCAUUGUAUAGACAUCAUACUAACUGAAGCCUCCCUUCUUAUUUCCAAUGGCGCAAAGAUUUUCAAUUUCAUCAAGCCGGACAUCAAUUUAAAACAGAUUCCAGUGCUCUUUUCCAUUUUAUUUUUCUACUCAGAAUAG